GUGUGUGUUAAUGCAAUGUCAAGGAGGAACGGUGUCUGUGCUGUCUUAGAGCAGCAAUUUCUGCUGCCCAUAUGGGAAGGGUCAUAAGGCCAAACAAUAUAAAGUCCAUCAUUCUACAGUUAUAAAGAUUACUCACAAGUGGAAAACAUUCAAGACUGUUGGCAAUCUUCCCAGGACUGGACCUCCCAGCAAAUUCACCCCAAGACCUGAAAGAGGGAGUACUUUCUUUGACACACGCUAAGGAAACAAAAAGGAGGACAACAUUCCCAGCUGAAACAUUAAAGGCAUGAAUUGGAGCAGACUGUUUCACUUUUCACCUCCAGUGCUCUGCCAUUAUACUGUAUCUCCUAGCAACAGAGACCUGUUUACCUACAAAACCUGCAGAAGACAGAGCGGUGAACAAGCAACCUGGAGUUGCAGCAGUGUCCGCAGGCCCACAGGAUUUUUUUGCCAUCCAUCACUGUUGUCAGUGACUGUUUCCAUUACAGCAGUCACAGAUGGCUGAACAGGGGAGGAUUGUCAUACCGGCUACUGGAGCAAUUGGCAGGAAGGGGAAACUGACCAACAACGCAGUCAAACUCCACAAUACUACUUACAAAGUAUCUCAUGGUGAAGACUCAGACAGGAUGGGAUUCACUUCUUAUCUUGGGCGUCCCAGUGAGACAGGCUUUACAUCAAACCACAGACCAGCUAUAUAUUACAGGCCUAGUUUGGACCACAUUGACAACCCUCAGUUUGGACUCUUGCUAUCUGACAGCUUUGUCUCUCAAACUAAACAACACUACCAGCCUCCCAUCCGCUCUGGAUGUUCUGGGUCUUCAACAAACCUCGUUAACAAACCCGGAAACAGCGGCUUCCAUCAGCUGAGGAUUCAGCCAAAAACCGCAUCAGUCGAGGAGAAGACAGAAUAUCAAAGUUCAUUUGUGCCUCAUCGUCCUACGCCAGCAGUUUCUCAGAACCAUGUGACUGUAGGUCCUAAAGGAGGGAGUGGUUUCACUAAGGCAGCAGAACGUCAGAUUAACACCAGCUUGAUUGGCGAACCUCAUCAGACUCCCAGCUCAGUGAUGAAAACAGACUUCGUGUCACUGUCCCUGCUGCAGGGUACUGAGGCGAAAUCGGGCCUGUGCAGCCGUUCUUGCAGAGAAACGGGAUUCACACGAGGUGACAUCGCUCCCUUGGCCCACCCUGUCUCUCUUCUGUCGUCGCGCCAGACUAAAACCGAGGCCCCGGUGCCAUCUACCAUUGGACAAAAGGAGCCCACAGGAUAUCUUCUGAACACUCAUAAAAACCAAACUUUUCCUGAUGCACCAUUUGAUCCUUCAGACUUCAUCACACAUUAUAAAAGCAAGUUCUGUCAUCAUGAUGAUCCAGAAAAGUUCAAAUCGAUGAACUCUUGUCCCAGGAUUGUCAGCUCUAAAAUGGAAAGUGGCUACAAUCUUCGGGAUACGGACAGGUACAUCCUCAGGGGCUAGACCUUCUCAUGCCUGUGAUGAUACCUGCAUUGCUGCUUUGUCACAAAUAAAAACUGAAGUUUUUUGUUUGCAGUCUGGCAUGUUCCAAUAAUAAAAUCCUUUAAAUGCAUACAACAAA